AUGAGCACGAAGACUCCUGAUCUCCCUUUCUCGGAAUUCGUAUCCCUUCUACCCGCAGCAGACCUCGCCGAUCUCGCAGGACUCUCCGCUUCAGCUGUGCGAGAGCGAACGUUGGCCAAGGCAGAAGAGCACCGUCGCUUUGCGCUCGCACUGCUCUCGAUCCACAACGCCGUCUCCCCUGUCCAUCGGCUUCCGUUCGAACUCCUGUCGGCCAUUUUCCGAGCAGCGUGGAAGGAUCGCUCGAGCCUGCGCAUGACUCAUGUUUGUCGCAGGUGGCGCUCCACCGCCCUCCAGACUCCGGAGCUAUGGGCGGACGCAACUGCCUGUGAAUCAUUCUCUCUCGCUGGGCCUGAUCACCCCCUUCUCGAAUACUCCUACAUGGACUCCCUCCUGGAACGCUCUGCUCCGCAUGACGUCUGUAUGACUAUAUCCCACUUCCCUGAAGCACUUCGCUUUCAUCUACUGCCUCACAUCUCCAGGAUCGCCGUCUUGGAAAUCAAAGUCCACAGUGCCAAACAACUACAUAACCUGUGGGAGACUCUCCACGGAGGAGUGCCCAGCCUCGAAGAGCUCUAUAUCCUAUGUCCAGUCGCGAACUAUCUAGACAUGUAUCCUCAUCCCGACGAACGCACUCUCGAGACCAUCCAUUCCUUGCUCUCUGCGGUCUCUCAAGUCAAGUUGAGCCUUCACUACCGGUUCAAUAUGCAGUGCUACACACAGGAUGGCAGUACUCGUACUCCUUCGGAACGCUUUCGAGCGGAGAGUGUCGGCCACUCGCCGCCAGUGGAUACGUUUGUCGUGCCGCUCUUCCGUCCCGCAGCACCGAUGUUAUGGACCAACAUCACACACCUGGUCCUGGAUAUCGAUAGAUGGCAUUCGACCAAGCCGGCACUCUUAGAGCCCUUCCCGCACCUCGUACGGGUAGAGAUCAACAUAGAAGGGGAUCCUGGGGAGACUCUCAGUUUGCUGCAGAGGCCGGGAGGGAGCAAUUCCGACGGCACGAGCUCGAGCGCGCUAGUGUGUCCGUCUCUUCGAGAACUCGUAACAUGGGUGGAAGUACCCAAAGGCACUCUUCGCGCGCUUUUGGAGCCGCGGAACUUGGGAGACCUUGAGGAGUACGUGACCAAAAGGUUACGACAAUUCAGAGACGUCCUUGAAUCUCGAGCUUCCGACUCGCCAGGCCUCAGUCGGCUCACGUAUCUGGAAAUUCAUGAACACGAAGACUGGUCCUUGGCUCAGACGGAGCCCAAAGUCGCAGUUGAUGAUCUCUCUACUAUAGAUUCGACGGCGAUAGAAGCCAUUCUUGAGAGUUUGGACGACUUGGUGGACGGGGAGUUCGUGUUCAGAGGGUUCCGGUAUUAUACCAUGUAG